AUGAACUCAAAUAGGAACAAAACCAUGAACAGAAACAUGCCCGCAUACAUGAACCGAGGUGGAAGGCAGAGUAUUACCGGCAACGACGGUGGAGGUAGAGAGCUCGGCGAUGACGGUGGAGGUGGAGAGCUGGACGACGAUGGUGGAGGAGGCGAGCUGGGCGACGGCGAUGGAGGAGAGGAGCUCCGCGACGGCGAUGGAGGAGGGGAGCUCCGCGACGGCGAUGGAGGAGGGGAGCUCCGCGACGGCGAUGGAGGAGGGGAGCUCCGCGACGGCGAUGGAGGAGGGGAGCUCCACGAUGGCGAUGGAGGAGAGGUGCGACGACGAUGA